UGACCUCAGCAGGACAGGCGCAGGGAAAUCCUGGGCCGUCACCAUCAGCUGGUUCAGUGCUGUGCAUGGAAAAGUCUACAGAGACUAGAGCUUUAUGGCAUCGGAUAGACAUUUACUUGCAUAACGCUUAGUGUAAACAGCCCAAUCCUUCUGAAUCACAGAUCUGUGCGUUCAGCGCUGCACUGACGUCUGGAUCAGGAAACGCAGCAUUUCACAAAACAAGUUGGUGUACACAACAAGUGAACGCUUGAAACACGGCAUCUGGUUCAUCGAUGAUGAACGGGGACAUCAGCCACCCACGCGGGACCGACCCAGGGAAUCUGGGCAGUUUAGAAGAGACCCUCCAGCAAAUGAACACCCUGAUCAAAGAGAACCGAGAACUGAAGGAAGCCCUGAAACAAACCAACUUGUCAAUGAAGGAGAGAUUUGAGGGCCUGUCAGCAUGGAAGGAGAAGCAGAAGGAGGAGAGAGACUUCCUGGAGCAACGAUUAGACGAGGCCAAAACCAGACUGAAUGCUAUGGAGGUGGAGAACGAAGCGCUGAAGAAACGAGUGGAAGAGCGUGAAAAAAGUGGAGCUGAGUGUUUACACACCGAACUGGAGGCGCUGAGGGGUCAGAUUGCUCGUCUUCAGGCUGAGAAGAAUGACCUGGUAGCGUUGAACUCUGAACUCCAGCUUAAAAUAGGUCAAGGUUCACCUAGAGACUCCUUCAUUGAGAUUAGAAUAGCUGAAGAUGAGUUAAAAGUGACCAGAGAUUUGCCCAAUAUGCAAAAGGACCCAUGUGCUUUCAGCAUGUCAAAAGCUGAGUCGGAGGAACAGACGGUGAGGCAGCUGCUUCAAUCCCUCAGAGCAGAGACGGAUGAGAAGGAGAAACUGCAGCUAGCGCUUCAGGAGGCACGUAGGAGAAUUGCCGAGUUGGAGAACAGACUGGAACACGCUGACAGCAGCGCACAGACAUCUCUGCCCUGUACAACUGAAAUCAAUUCGAGCGCUGAGGUAAAGAAUCUGGAGGAGCAGUUGUUGAAGCUCUGUGAUGAACUGAAACAGGCUCAGCUCAAACUGGACGAGGCUGAGGACAUCAAAAGAAGCUUGCAGGACAGGUGUAAAGAUCUGGAGCAGGAUCUAGGUACUGUGAAAACUCAGCUCGGAGAGAAACAGACGGUUCUGGCUGAGAACGACUCUUUAAGGGUUCAGAUGGAAAGCCUUCAGGCUGCUGUUAAACUGGAACAGAAGAAAACUCAGGAUGAGAAGCACAACCUGAACCAGCUGAAAGAUGCCUAUACCAAGCUGUUUGAAGACUACAAUGAGCUCCAAGAGGAAAAAAGGAAGAGAGAGGUGUGUGUAUCACGGGAAGAGUAUGAUGACCUCCAAACCAGGUUUGCUACGGCUGAAAAGGCGCUGGCAGACAAACAGCAGAAGAUCGACGAGAUGAAGAUGGAAAUCUUUCAGAAGGAAAAGGAACUAGAAACAAUCUCUGUUUUCCAGGCUCAGGCAGAGAUAUAUUCCUCGGAUUUCUACGCAGAACGAGCAGCUCGGGAGAAGAUUCACGAAGAGAAAGAGCGUUUGGCCACUCAGCUGGAGUAUGUGAAGAAACAGAACACCCAACUUCAGGAGGAGAUGGAGUCACUUGGCAAGCAUUCCAUGAGUGAGAUGCAAAGGAGACACGUGUCACGUGGAGCCAAUCCACAAGGACCACCAUCUCCACAUCACCUGCAAGGAGGUGAUUGGCAGCAACAGAAUAUUCCAGAACACGCUUGUCCUAAAUGUGGGGAAGUCCUACCUGAUCUGGACUCCUUGCAGAUCCACAUCAUGGAUUGCAUCAUCUGAGCCUGUUUUCCAGUAACCAUACCAGACCCCCCCCCCCCCCCCCCCCCAUAUGUGAACUAGUAGCUCCAUAGCUUUACCUUCAAGCAGCCUGAAACACAAUGCCUCAAUAACACAGGUCUAUAAACCCUGUACAUUGUCAGUGUGGUUGGUUACAGUUUAAUGGAUGCUAUUGGUCGAGGCUGAGAAUAAGGAUUUAAUGUGUAGCUUUGGUUCCGUUUGGUAGUUUUUACUCUAAAUACAGCCUAUAUGACAGCAGCAUUAAUUUAAGCUGCUUUAAGACAAUUUAUCACAGUCAAAUAUUAAGAAAAAAAUAGAAUCAGUGUGGCAUACACAAUUAUUCUGUUGUGGGUUAAUUAUAUUAUUGGUAUCAAAAAUAUUUGUUUAAAAUUCAUGGUUCUGAAAGAUUCAUUUAUUUUAAAGACUUAAAGAAAUCUUAGUUAUAUUUUCAUUAUAUUCUCAAUGCCCCACAUGACACAGACAGCUAAUGUUUUACUUGCUUUUCCUCUGAUCUGUUAAAGACGCACUUUAUUCUGUUCGAUAAGCAAGCUUAGUAAGUUAGAUUUUUUUUGGCAGGUUUUUCUAAAUAAAUAUGUAUGUUAAAACCUGCCUUAAUCCAGUAAAUACUUUUCUGAAGUUCAUAUUGUUUUGAAACAGGCUCUAUUAUUGUCCUCCCUAUACUCACAAUAAACAAGAUACAUCAC